CGGCCGAGCGAUCUGACGCACUUUGGGUUACGGUUGGUGGUCGUGACAGACAAAUGUUGGGUCGCCGCGUCACUGGCAAAAAGCAACGAUCGGGCCAAUUCAUGCUCAUUUGUCUUAACGACCCGCACCCCCAAGAAAAAAGCUGAUAUUUAAAGAACAGAGCUACUCUAGGUCCACGCAAUCUCUCAUGGUUCCUUGCAUAUUUUAUUGUGCACGCAGAGAGAGAGAGAGAGAAAGAGUGUUGUGUGUUGUGCUGUGGGGGGGAAGAAGUGGUAAUCCAACGUAGAAAGCCGAGGAUCCUAUCAAGAAACCGAAAAAGAAACGUCGAAAGCUGAGGUACGAGAAUUGCCAUUAUUUAAAAUAGGAAGAACCAAGGUAGUGGUGGGUUUGUUUGUGCUGCUUUGAUAUUACUGGGUGAGCGCUCUGUUGGUGUUGCGGGGGUGACAACAGUAACGACUUCUGCAAAAAUGUGAAGAGACGAAGCUCCUCCUUCUCCCGCAGUUGCUUUCAUUAAGAACUGAAGAAAUUGUGUUGCUCUGUUCUUGGGAAAACGCAGGUUUCUUCCUUGGCCAUUUUGCCGGAGAAGUGAAUUCUCAGAAUAAUUGAUUAUGCUAUCAUGAUGUGAGCAUAUCUUCAAAAUACAGAGAGGAAGGCGAUUGCGGUAAUUCUGAAAUUCAGUUUAUGGCCUCAAGAAGAAGGUUAAAGAGAUAGAGACCGCCUUCCUUGUGUGAAAAUUUCUUUAUAAUGGCUAAAGUUUGUUGGCCAUACUUUGAUCCCGAGUAUGAGAACCUCAGCACAAGGAUCAACCCUCCAAGGGUGUCUGUUGACAACACCAGUUGCAGCGAUUGCACACUUGUCAAGGUUGAUAGCAUGAAUAAACCAGGGAUACUGCUAGAAGUCGUACAAAUACUGUCCGACCUUGAUCUUAUCAUCACCAAGGCCUACAUCUCCUCUGACGGAGGAUGGUUUAUGGACGUGUUUCAUGUCACCGAUCACCACGGAAAGAAAAUCACGGAUUCUAAAACCAUUGACUACAUAGAGAAGGCUUUAGGUCCAAAUGGCCACCACACAGAUCGAACCAAGACCUGGCCGGGAAAAAGAGUUGGAGUGCACUCAAUCGGUGAUCACACAGCUAUUGAGCUCAUUGGCAGAGACCGCCCAGGUCUCCUAUCCGAAAUCUCUGCCGUCCUAGCAAACCUUGACAUUAACGUGGUAGCUGCCGAAGUUUGGACGCACAAUAGGAGAAUAGCCUGCGUCCUUUAUGUCAACGAUAAGAUUAAUUGCUGUGCGGUGGAUGAUCCAAACAGACUAUCGAUAAUGGAAGAGCAGCUCAAAAACCUCAUCCGUGGGUAUGACGAUGAUGAAAAAGUGGGCCGCACCAGUUUCUCCAUGGGAUUCACACAUGUUGAUCGCCGAUUGCACCAGAUGUUUUUCGCCGAUAAAGAUUAUGAAAAUUGCGGAGUGACAGCCGAUGCGGACGAGUAUUCUCCCUUGAUGAAACCCAAAAUCACCGUCGAGCAUUGUAAGGAGAAGGGGUAUUCGGUGGUUAGUGUGAGAUGCAAAGACCGAGCAAAGCUACUUUUUGACAUAGUGUGCACGCUCACAGACAUGCAGUAUGUUGUUUCUCAUGCUACUAUCUCGUCUGAUGGCCCAGAUGCAUUACAGGAGUAUUACAUUCGUCAUAUGGAUGGUUGCACUCUUGAUAGUGAAGGAGAGAAGGAACGGGUCAUGAAAUGUCUGGAAGCAGCAAUUCGGAGAAGAGUAAGCGAGGGUUUAAGCCUAGAGCUCUGCGCAAAGGAUAGAGUAGGACUGCUAUCCGAAGUGACGAGGAUCCUACGAGAGAACGGGCUGUCGGUUUCGAGAGCGGGAGUCACCACGGUUGGGGAGCAAGCCAUGAAUGUGUUCUAUGUGAGAGAUUCCUCGGGGAACCCUGUGGACAUGAAAACCAUCGAGGCGCUUCGCAAGGAAAUUGGACAUACAAUGAUGCUGAACGUGAAGAAGGUCCCGUCCAGCGGGAGCGCCAAGGCUCCCGAGUCCAGUAAUUGGGCCAAAACAAGCUUUUUCUUCGGGAAUCUGCUAGAGAGAUUCUUGGCUUGAAAACCAAAAGAAGCAAAGAAUGUCCAUAAAGGUUGGUAACAAGCACUGUCCAAAUGUAUAGAGAAUAAGCCAUUUGUGGACAAAAUGCAGGCACGGCCGUGCUUCCGUGCAUCUGUGGUGGUAAUUGUAAGAUAUGAUGCUUGAAGUAUGAUUUGCUUUGAUCUUCUUUCUUGCUUUAUGGCCAAGAACAUCAAAGGCUGACAUAUAAAUGUAAAACUUGCUUGUUCUUGGAUAUGUGGAUAAUUUCUGGUUCUGGUCA